UUUAUUAAUUCCUCAGGCUUUGCGCGGCCGAAGGCUGCAUAUAGCCUCCUAGCAAGUAUGUACUGAACCUAAACUACCAUAGCCUCCCUUCUGAUUUUUUUUUUUUUUUGAACCGCUGUCUCUUAUAUUAUUUCGCUUUCCAGUCUUCCAGUGCUCUCCACGAACCGGAGAACCUCUCGGACCACGGAGAGGUUGGGUUUCCAUGACUUCGCUCCAUCAAUCGGCCGGCCAUCCGCGCCGAACGCUCUACUUCUUCCCCCUAGUGCAUACGAGAUAUCUCAGUAUCUCGACCCCAUCGCCGUUCUCAUCGCCUGCCGGUAGGAGACCCAUUUCGGACAUUGAAAGAGAAAGUGCUCAACUGUCUCCCCUUCACUCCCGUCGUCCCCACACCCGCACGCAUUGCUCUCGAGGUGGCCAGCCCUCUGGAGGAAGCGAUUCAGCCGGACGUGCCCCGUUCGCAAUUGGAUUAACAGCACCGCCUGGGGCCUUGAUAGGUUGUCGUAAAGGAGUUUCGUGUGCUCUCCGGGAAGGGCGGCAUCGAUGUUUCGCGUCCUCUGACCCACGCGUGUGGACUCGAACUCUUCCUUCGCCUGCUUGUCCAGCCUCUCGCACACUCGCUGCCACGUCGCGGGGGCCAUUUGUCGCGGCGUAUAUUGUAGUGGGCGAAUGCCCCGUGGAGCCAAGCCCUCGAUUUAGGCAGACAUAAGAGAUAACGUAAUCCACAAGCGAACCGGCCACACAAGCGAACCGGCCACCUCCC